GCGUUGUCGUUCCGAUCGUAUAAAUAAAAAGUUUAACGGUGAAAAGGAUAUCAGUUACUCACAGCUAACCGAACUAUAUCCAACCAUGAAGCUUUUCGUCAUUGCCGCUAUCUUGGCCGUUGCUGCCGCCGUCCCUUCCAGCUACUCGAGCUACGAGAAGAAAUACGAGAAGGACUACAAAUACCCCGAGAUCACCGUCACUGGCCAAUCUGAUGAGCGCAACAUCGAUGGCAGCAGCAAGUGGAACUACGCCCAGUCUGACUACACCACCCGUGACGAGACCCAGGAACAGAAAAAAUUCACCGUCACCACCGUCGAUGAUUACGGCAAAGAAUACACCGAGGAGGUUUACGGAAAUACCAACAAAGGAUCUUCCUACUGGGUUUCCCCUGAAGGCGAGAAAUUCACUUUGACUUGGGCCGCUGACAACGCCGGAUUCCAACCCAAGGGUGACCACUUGCCCGUUGCUCCCGUCCACGUCUACGAGCUCCCAGUUGCCCCCGUCCACGAGUACGUUCUCCCCGUUGCUCCCGUCCACGAAUACGAACUCCCCGUUGCCCCAGUCCACAUCCCCUUCAACGGAAAGGGAUUCAAGAUCUAUUAAAUUAUUAUUUUUUUUUUAAAAUCUAAACAUAAUUAUUAUAGCCAUAUAAUAUUUCAUGCAAUGCCACUAAAUACGUGGUGUAAAUAUAAAUUCAAAAUAUCUACCAUCA